CCUAAUUAAACAAAAUGGCAUCAUCUCUUCCACAGUUUUAUGGCGCUGAUUUCACAACAUUUUCCGGCGAGACUUCUUCACAGUUUCACGGCUCUUCUUCAUGUCCUGACGUAGACUCUGCGUUAUCUAGCUACCUUGACGACUGUUAUGGUUCCUUUAACACCUCUUCUAAUCCAGAAUCCAUCUUUGUACCCCAAGUUUUUGCGAUUUCUGACGUCGUCUCUGUGCCUGAAUACAACAAUUACUACCAGAAAAUGAGUGUGAAUAAUGCCACACAAUACUUUCACGGUGGAGAUCAAGAAUACUACGGAUUUUCACCGGAGAUCAAGCCCUUGUUCCGUCCGGCCACAGGAGAGCAAUCCUGGCAGGGAAAUAGUGAAGGAGGGAUACAAGCAGAUCAGCCAAACAUAAAAGUGGGGCGCUAUUCGGUGGAGGAACGUAAAGACAGAAUUAUGAGGUACUUGAAGAAAAAGAACCAACGCAACUUCAAUAAGACCAUCAAGUAUGUUUGUCGUAAAACCCUAGCCGACCGGCGAGUUCGCGUCCGGGGCCGAUUUGCCAGAAACAAUGAAACAUGUGAAGAACAAUCUCACAUGUCUAAGAAUCACAACAACCAUUCUGAAAAAGACGAAGAUAUGUUUUCAGGAUCGGACGACUAUCUAAUGCAGCAGAUGGAACAUGAUGACGGAUGGCUUCACGAAGCAAUGUCCACCCUCAUUCCUUUCCCUUGUGAAUUUGACCCGCCUGGAGAUGCUCAUCAUCCAAACACGUGGAGCUUCUGAUCUUAAUUACUACAUAUCAAAAUUUACUUAAUUCCGAAUCAAUUAAUGUCGCUAGCUAGCUAUUGAAUUUGAUCAGUUAGUUUAGUUUACUUAAGCAACUUAUUUAUAAUUUUCAUGGUAGAUUUAUCAUAAUGUACUUAAUUAUUCCUGGGGUUAAUGAACAUGAAGAUUCUGUCUAGUGAAUAAAAUAAAAGAACUUCACUUUUUA